UACCAACAGAGGGCUGUGACGUCACGACAGAGAAAUCUCAGGGUCGUCUGUUCUUAAUGUGGUAUUUUGAUCUGACAACAAGAACCUAAGAAAGAAUAGAAUGGUGGUAAGAUAGUGUGGUGGGCAUGAUCAAAUGUGUGGUACAAGUGCCGGAAUGGUUGUGUGGUGAUCGGCAUUCUGCCCCCAUCUUGGGACCACCUUCCACCCAUUGUGCUCACAUAAUUCCCCCUCACCAAGCACAGCCUUUCCAAUUAUUAUCACACAUGGCAUAACCAAUCUGACUUUAUAUACAAGCUCAACUUAGGUUGUGGUGUCGGAGGCUUUGUGACAUCAUGAGUGAAGGAGGCAAUAAAUGGCCAUGUGGGAGAUGCACUUACCUCAACUAUGCCAGUGCUGUACGCUGUACUAUGUGUACAGUUCCUCGCUCACCACACCUAAUUGUGGAGGCUGGUGCAGAAAUUUACCAGCUUGCACCCCCAUCACCAAGACCACCAGAAGGUUCAACCCCUCAAGAAGGAGACAAAUGGCUAUGCCACCUGUGUACUUAUCACAAUUAUCCACGAGCAUUGAGAUGUACUCAGUGCCGCACACCACGCCUUUCAUUAGCUGACCAAAUGGCCAACCUCUCAUUGGCUAAGCCUGCAACUCCUUCACCAGUUAAAGCAACCCCCACCACAACUCCUACCUCCAUUCCUGUUCUCAUUACCACUGCCACUACAGCUACCACUACUACUUCUGCUGCCUUAGUCACUUCUGCAGCUAAAAUUGUUACUCCUACACCCACUACAACCACAGUUCCAGCUACUAAUCAUAAUGGUGGUCAAAGUCCUAAUCGAGGUGUGGUAGCACAGAGUGGUGGUGGUGCUCAGGGAGCCGGGGCAGAACAUCAAAGCCCAGGGGGAGGAACUCCACCUGGUGGAGCUGGGCGCUGUAGCCCACAGGGAGCAGGCAUGACCCAACCUCAGACCCGCCAUGAAACAGAACCCGCCAUACCAAGUUACAAGUGGAGGUGCCGUGCAUGUACUUAUGAAAACUGGCCUCGGUCAACUAGAUGUGUUAUGUGUACCACUCCUAAAGGUCUUUGUUCCCCAGCAGCCCAAUCACAGCCAGCCCGCCUUGCUACCCCUCCACCACCAGGCGAUACUAAAUACAACAACAUAAGUGCAGAUAAACCUAAAACUCCAGGUGAGCCAAGUGAAAUACCAAACAAAGUUGAAAUUAUACGUGAACCAAGUGAUACCCACCAUACAGAGAACAAUGCAAAAAACAGGGAAAACAUAAAUGAAAUAAAUAAAGCACGUAGUAGUGAUCUUCCUCAAGAACAGCAGCUGAUAUCCCAAAGAAACUUAAAUGAAUCCAAGGAGAAUCUCUCAAGUAUCUCUUCCAGUGUUGGAGGCAACAUUGCUUCUGGUGCAGUAAGCCACCGUGGUGGAGAGGGAGCUAUGGCUCUCAACAACUACGAAACUGAACGAUUGUUACGACAGCUUAGACGACGUUUACGGGAAGCAGAUUGGGCUUGGUUAAAUGCCUGUAAUGGAGUUGUGGAAGGCAACUAUGAACCAGUAGAAGCUUACCUGUCCGCUGGUGGUGAUCCAAUGAGGCAGCUCACUAGUGCAGAUGUAAAGCUUUUGUCACGCUCCUCAGCUUUUGAUGAAGGACAUACUCUUGUGCAUUUAGCCAUCAGGUUUGGCCGUGAAGAUCUGCUAGCUACUAUAUUAUCAAGAAUGGAUGGAGGUGGUACAGGAGUGAAACGUGUUCCACCUUACGUAGCACCUGACCUGGCAACUGAUAUUCGUCGUCACAUGUCUGCCUCCAUUCGACAAAGAAAAGGACCUUUUCCUUGUCAUUUUCUCUCUGAGUCUGUAACGUUCUCCCUGCCAGCAGAAAUAGAAGAUUUACCAGUAAGUGUUCAAGAACAGCUUUUUGAGGAGCUCCUAGAUCGUGAUGCUCAGAAACAACUGGAGGAGGAUGCUCCUAUUAUUAACUGGUCUCUGGAGAUCACUGAUAGACUAGGAUCAAGGUUGUAUGCACUCUGGAACCGUACAGCAGGUGACUGCCUCCUUGACUCCAUACUUCAAUCCACCUGGGGUGUAUUUGACCGGGAAAAUGUUCUCAGACGAGCAUUAUCAGACAGUCUGUCGGAAGCUUCUCAUCUGUUUUACCCACGUUGGAAAGAAUAUGAACGUUGGCAGGCCCGCCUGUUAGACUACUAUGUUCCUGAAGGUCAAGUUCUAGAGGAGUGGGCAGAAUUAAUCUGCUUGGCUUCACAACCUGGGGCUGCACUAGAGCAGCUACAUAUUUUUGUUUUAGCUCACAUUCUUCGUAGACCAAUCAUUGUAUAUGGUGUCAAAUGUGUCAAGAGUUUUCGAGGGGAAGAUUUAGGCUUUGCUAGAUUUGAAGGUGUAUAUCUACCCCUUCUUUGGGAACCAUCAUUUUGUUGGAAGUCACCUAUUGCUCUUGGCUACACCCGAGGUCACUUCUCAGCUCUUGUACCCAUGGAACCUGACUCCCCAGAUAAUCUGGGUGCGGGUGCAAUUUUAGAUGCUGGAGAGUCACAAGUUGUUUUUCUCCCAUUGAUGACUCAUGAUGCCAAACUUCUGCCAGUGCACUUUCUCACACAAGCUGAAGUUGGUUGUGAGGAAACAUUGCUCAGACAAUGGCUGGAGGUGUGUGUUAGUGAGGGAGCAGUAUUAGUGGCCCAGCAGCACCUCACUAAAAAGCCAUUAGCAGUAGCUCAGAUGACAGAAGAGUGGCUCAACCAUUACAGAAGGCUUGCGUAAGUCUGUCUCAGGCAACUUCUACAACAAAUGGAAUGUGCUCCUUACCACCGCCCAAUAACAAGCCAGGGAUACUCCAGUGAUGGCGAUUCAGAGGAGGAAUGAUUUAGUGCAUUCUGUAUCCUCUUACCAUUAACAAAAGAUCUCUUUCACUUCAUGAGAUAUUUUGUGGAGAUAUUAGUUCUCGCCCUGGAUCAACCAAAGUAUGCUUAUUUAUAUCUUCCAUUCUUUACGUCAGCCCUCUCACCUCCACAGCUACUUUGCCUUCAUGAUGAAAGUUAUGUAAGUAAUUGCCAUUGACUUGGGCAUCUAGAUAUAAAGUCCUGAGGUACAUGUGCAUAAUUCAAGGUUUAUGGAGAAUUAUGUAUAGUACUUUUCUCUCAUGGAAAAUCAUUUUGAAUAACAUCACUGCAAUGCCUCAACAGAGCCUUUUAUGUAAUCACUCAAUAUAUACUCCACUUUGAAUUGAGACUCAAUAUACGUAUGUGGAAUUAAAAAAAAAUGGUUAUCCAAAGGUUUUCCUUUAAUUUCUAAUUAAAAAUAAUUCAAGAAGUAUGAUAAAAAUGUUCACUGAAUAUUUCUUCACAUGUAAAUUUCAAGUCAUUGGUGUUAGAAGAAUGGAUACAAUAGUACCAAGUACCAUUUUCCUUUACAAAUCCUUUUGAGUGACUACAGAGUGAUUUAUUCACCUCACUGUUAAGAUGACCAUGUCGCCAAUUGAUACCAUUCUAGAUUUGUAAAAAAAAAAAAAAAAAUUAUAUUGUUAAUUAA